AUGGCGCUUUUUUCUUCACCAGCAACCAGCUCAACUGUCGUUAGAGAAGUGAGCGACGAAAAGUUCCAAAAAAUUUAUUCACCUGUCGAUGGUGCUGCGCAACUGCUGAAUGACGGGCGGACUUUCGAAACAAUUAAACGCAUCACCUAUAUGUGUGCUCUUGGUAAAAAUUCAUAUUCAACAGGUAUUUAUCGAAUUCGAAUGAAGCUGCAUUACGGGAAUGCGUUCAUUGGAGUUCGGUCCCGUCAUUUACAAGUCGAACCAAGUAUGGCUUCCCUUUAUCAAGAAACCCCUUCUACAUAUGGAUGGUUCACGAACGGCGCCCGCACGGUUGAUGGGCACGCGGAUAAUAGUGCAAUACGUGUACCUAAAAAAGAGGAUACUAUGAUUGAGUUAACAUUGUAUUGCGAUGAACACCGACUGACAAUCGUUUUCAGUGGGGACAACAGUCAACGGGAUGAAAUGAAAGUGGAUGGUCUUAGCGCUCCUUUUCCCUGGUGUUUGUUUGUUCAACUUAGUCGCAUCGGUGCCUGUAUAUCAAUCGUAUAA